UCAAUGAGACACAGUCUUGUGAAAGUGGAUGGGAUUAUCCUGAGCAUAAACCUCAAUCCCUAAUGAAUGAGAAGGAGAAAGAACUCCAAGGCAUAGAUCGAUCCCAUGGUUCUAGGAGCUUGAAGGAACAGACAGUACCAGUGCCUUUUCAUCCUUGGACACCAAAUGCCAUUGAGGACUACCAAUAAGGAUGCUAAAUUUGCCAACAUCCUGAAUGCAGUGGGGGAAUUUGGCAAAUUCCAGCAGAGGCUGGUAGCUCUCAUCUUCAUCCCUGGCAUCCUGUUGGGCUUCAUGUAUGCUGAGUACUUUGUGUUCACAGACCAGGAGCACUACUGCAACACCAGCUGGAUUCUGGCAGUGGGUCCCAACCUCUCAGAGGCUGAGCAGCUGAAUCUGACCCUGCCCCGGGCACACAACGGCAGUUUCCUGACAUGCUUCAUGUACUUGCCUGUGCCUUGGGAUUUGGAUUCUAUCAUCCAUUUUGGCCUCAACCACACUACUACAUGCCAAGAUGGGUGGAUCUAUCCUAACUCCAAAACUCGAUCAUUGGUCAAUGAGUUUGACCUGGUGUGUGGCAAGGAGCAAGAUGAGGAAAACCUGCAGUCCAUACCUAUGGCUGGCUUCCUGACAGGGUCUCUCAUCUUUGGGCUCAUAAAUGACAUGCUGGGCCGUUACCCCGCUAUCCUGAUGUCACUGCUGGGGCUGACCAUCUUCAGCUUUGGAACAGCUUUUGUGAGCAGCCUUCACCAGUAUUUCUUCUUCCGCUUCCUUGUGUUCCAAGCAGUGAUGGGUUACACCAUCAGCAGUGUGUGUUUAGCCACUGAAUGGCUAGUGGGCAGUCACCGUGUCCAUGCCAUCUUCCUGGAGCAUUGCUUCAUGUCUGUGGGUGUCCUGUUCCUGAUGGCACUCAGCUACAGCCUUCCCCACUGGCGGCUGCUGUUCCUGGUGGGUGGGGCACCUAUGUUCCUGUUCAUCAUUUACAUCUGGAUUCUCCCAGAGUCCCCACGGUGGCUGAUGAUGAAAAGGAAGGUGGAAGAAGCCAAGCAAGUGCUGUGCUAUGCAGCCAGUGUGAACAAGAAAAUCAUUCCUUGUAACCUGCUGAAUAAGCUUCAGCUGCCCCAAGACACGGUGACUGAGGCAUCUAUCCUAGACUUUUACUAUAAUAAGCACCUCCGCAAGGUGAUCUUGAUAAUGGGCUGUGUGUGGUUUACCGUUGGCUACGCCUAUUUUACACUGAUCUUCACACCCAGAGACUUUGGAGUGAACCUCCCCUUCAGGCAGGCCAUCUCCAGCAUCAUGAAGGUACCUGUUCAGAUGUGCUGCAUCAUACUCCUCGAGUACAAGGGAAGGAAGUGCAGCCUGAUUGUGGCUCUCACCCAAACCACCAUCAUAUGUGGCUUUCUUUUGCUCUUCCAAGAAGGCAAGGAUGACCCCACACUCAGAGGGCUCUGUUGUCUAGAUAAAAAGCCAAAAUCCACAAUGUUGAUGCUCGCAUUUGGAGAGUCCAGCCUGAUUGCCACCAUCACUGUCCUGUUCAUCUACACUGCUGAGCUCCUCCCCACCGUCCUCAGGGCUACAGGCCUGGGGCUGACAGUUCUGGCCUCAUCAGGUGGAGCCAUGUCGUUUGAGACAAUCAUCCACCGGAUCCUGUCACUCCAGCCCAUGGCUCUUUGCUGCAUCUUGACCUCUAUGGCCUUGUACUUCUCUUUCAUGCUGCCGGAAACACAAAAUCAGCCCCUCUCAGACAGUCUGGAGCAAUUCUCAAAGGCAAGCCUCCAGAGAGAGAUGGCCCUUGAAGACGCCUCCAGGAGAAACAGUGAUACCACGGAAAGGGCAAUGGCUGGAGAUUCAACGUGUGAUGAUGAUGAUGAUGAUGAUGAUGAUGAUGAUGAUGAUGGUGACGUGUCUGAAGAAGCAGCAAAGAACACAAUUCUCAAUGCCCAGAUUUCGAGAUUGGAUGCAGACAUUUCCACUAACACUGCCUUGAAGAAAUCUGGAGCUAAGAAAGCUCACAAUUAGGCUCCUGGAGGGCCAGGCCCCUAGACCAGUGUCAGCUUCAGUUGAGUGGCUGUAUAUGUUUUGUUUUUUGUUUUUAUU